CAGCUCCACCCGUCCUUCUAUCUACCCAUCAUGUUCGCCCAAGCCGUCCUCCUCAUCGCCUUCGUGUGCAACGUAUCAGGCACACCCUACGUAGUCACCGACCCCAAGGAUCUUCACAGCACCUGGUCCAGCGACGACUACAAAGCCACACACGAUACCCAUUCGAUCCGGUGGGAGUUCACCGUGAAAGGAAGAAACGGUGUACCAGACCCAGGAAACUUUGCAGCUUCAUGCCACGGCCUGCAGGUGAUUUCGGACGACCUCGAUCUGACGGGGAAGCCUGACUUUGAGCGCUGCAACGACACGGCUUACGAGGCUCGCCAGUACUUUUCCGGGGAGUACACGACUGUCGAGGUUCGCCGCACCGAUUACCCUGAUCUUGGGAAGGAGGUGCAGAUCUCGGCUACGGCGAAUUAUACUUCGACCAACGAUAAUAUUGUUAAUGGGCACUUGAAGUUUGGCAAUUUCCAGACAAAGUUCAUUUCUACACCUAUUGAGGGUUAG